AUGCAGGUCCGGGGCCUCCUCCUCCUCCUGGUGCUGAUCCUGCUGGCCGCCACCACUGAGGCUGGCAAGAACAAGAAAGAGAAGGCAAAGAAGGACAUCUCCGAGUGCGAGGACUGGCGCUGGGGACCCUGCGUCCCCAACAGCAAGGACUGUGGCUUGGGCUACCGCGAGGGGACUUGCAAAGAGGAGAGUAAGAAGCUCAAGUGCAAGAUCCCCUGCAACUGGAAGAAGAAGUUUGGAGCUGACUGCAAGUACAAAUUUGAGAGCUGGGGGGGCUGUAGCGCUCAGACGGGUGUGAAGACUCGCUCCGGCAUCCUGAAGAAAGCCCUGUACAAUGCCCAGUGUGAGGAGAUUGUCUAUGUGACCAAGCCCUGCUCUUCCAAGAUCAAGUCAAAGUCCAAAGCAAAGAAGGGCAAGGGGAAGGACUAG